CUUUUGAAGUGUGGAAUUCUUGUUAUUUUGCUUAUUUGAGUGGAUAGUGGUAUAAUAGUCGUGGCAAUUGGCAAGUCAUUUCAAGUCGGUUUGGACUGGCGAAGAAGACGAUUGAAUCGAGCGAUGCUGCUUUCUUCCAACGUCGAUCUGUGGCCAAGGAGUCCAUAAUGCAAUAAGGCUCUCUUGCUUGGCGAUUGAAAUGAUAGUCUUGGCUGGUUUUUUCCAUUUGCUAUGCAUCUUCAUGCUACAAAACUAAUUUGAUGAAAAUAGAAAUCACUAGUGUAAGAAUCUUGAAGUCUGCAUAUUCUGUUUUCUACGGGAUAGCUCAAUUCAGCUGGCUGCAUCAUCUGCUAUUUCUAUAGGACAACUUAGCUCACCCGGUAGUUUAAGUGUUUCUGAUCCAGAACAUCUUUUUUCUAUUUUCUCGAGACUAUAAAAUUAAGGUUAACUAAGAGUUCUUUGUGAAGAUGUCAAGACCCUGGGUACUGGUUUCUCUUCUCUUGUUGAUUGUGUUUACGUCACAAUUUGAGUGGAAGCAACAAUUUGGGAAUGAAACUGAAGCAACUCCAAGCACUUCCCAAAAGGAGCAGUAUCUUUCAAAGCGUGAAGAGUCUGUGAAAGAAAAGAUUAUCCUUUCUCAGGAAAAGAAUAUUCAAAAACUUAAUGAGCUUGUCCAAAGUCUUCGUGAGCAGUUGCUCCAGUGUAAAGGUGAAAACAAGAUCGCAAACAGUACUCUGACUGAACGCUUGCACAAGCUUGAGCAGCCACCACUCUUGGGUGACAAGUAAUGAAACGCUGGUCAUUGCCUUGAAUGCCUUGGUAUGUCAAGUAGAUAAAUAUUAAAUAUACCCUUUUUCUGUAAUCAUCUACUUUUAGUCUUUUAAGUGAUAUCAGCUUUGUUUCUGUUGCGUUGCAUAAUAUGGAUAUCUUAAGUCUAAAAGAUGUUCUCUGCUUCUGUAGUUCAUUCCAAAUCAGUCCAUAACAGGAAUAGCAAAUAUAUAUGUUAGAGCUGAUAACUUCUAGGGAACUCAUAAGAUCUAAUAGUCUUGGCAUAGUUGUUAGAAACUUCCAUGCUCUAGUGCGGCAGAACCUCAAAUUUGGUAAUCUAUGGAUUUCCGGAGUUUCAAUUGGUUCUUGGCUAUGCCAUAUUAAAAAUUGAUUCGACAUAUUGCUUGAUGUAAAGUGCAAGGCUUAGUUUGGAUUUAGUCAAGUAUCCACUUUGAGUUAACAGGUUCCACGGUCAUGUAAGGACACGGAACACAUGUUUAAAUUGUGUAGCCUUGCUCUCACAUAGUUACUGUGGGGUAUUAUGAUA